GCAACGGUAGCAUGGUGUUCGUUCUCGUACAAUUUCUUUUGUUUCUGGUUAAUUGUGUUGAUAAUUGAAUUUGAUUAAUGGAGCUUGGAAUUGCGGAGUGUUUUCGUUUUUCAAUCGAAUUUGUUGGUGCCUGGUUUUUCUAAUGAGUUGUUUUAGUUUUGUUUGUGUUGAUCUCCUGCUGCUGUUGUUGAGGCCGGAGUUCGCGGUUGGAGGUUUUUGAUUCUUCUGAAUUGUUUGUAAUUUACUGUGAUAUGCGUUUUUUUUUUCUAGGUAUAGGCGUUUCGUUUGCUAUUCUUCUGCUGUCUUUCUUUGCGAGUUCUGCAACUUGUUCUCUUCUUCAACGCUUUGAUCCUUACGUUAUUUGUUGAAUGUCGUCGUUUUUCUAUUUUUUUCGGGGAGGAGAUUUGAUUGAUUCCGAGUUUCUCGAUCCAAAGACGGCUGAGGUCUUCUUCUUAUGUCACUUAAACAGAUCAUUUCAGUAGGCGUGAAUAGGAAUUCAUGUCGACUCGUAACUCUAUCUCUUUGUUAGGUCGUAAAGGUUAGCUUAGUUUUGCUUUAGAGAUGGAGAAAUUUGCUGGAAAUUCUUUCGCGAAGAUAAUACGCGGAUCGAACGUGGCGUUACUUACACGCAGAGUUUCAAAUUUCAGUGUUAAGGGAUAUCAUGAAUAAUCAAUUUUCUGGGAUGUUUCGCCAGAACUUGGAAUUUUGUGGAUCCUAAGACUACUGCGACCAUCAUUUUCUUUGAACACUGCUUAGAUAAGAGAUUAAUCCAUCCACCAGCAAGUGGUUUGAAGACGAAGAUACUGGGGCUUAAUUAAUUGGUUUGUAACUGUGGUAUAUUUAUUUCAAUGAUGAACUCCAUGGGAAUCUUUGAAGAUAUUGGAUUUUGCCGAAAUCUUGACUAUUUUUCGGCACCUCCUGGUGAACAAGAGAUGGCUCGGGAGCAUGAACCUGAGGCCACUUUGGAGGAAGAUUAUAGUGAUGAAGAGAUGGAUGUUGAUGAGCUUGAGAGAAGGAUGUGGAGAGACCGAAUGCUUUUGAGGCGGCUCAAAGAACAAAACAAAGAGAAGGAAGGGACUGAUAAUUCAAAGCAGCGUCAGUCCCAGGAACAGGCCCGAAGGAAGAAGAUGUCUCGAGCUCAAGAUGGUAUCCUGAAAUAUAUGUUGAAAAUGAUGGAGGUUUGUAAAGCUCAAGGUUUCGUUUACGGGAUCAUUCCCGAGAAAGGAAAGCCAGUCAGUGGAGCUUCUGAUAAUCUUCGUGCCUGGUGGAAAGAGAAAGUCAGGUUCGAUAGAAAUGGCCCUGCAGCCAUUGCUAAAUAUCAAGCUGACCAUGCAAUUCCUGGGAAGAACGAUGACUGCAAUACAGUGACAUCCACACCUCACACUUUACAAGAACUCCAAGACACAACCCUUGGAUCACUUUUGUCGGCUCUGAUGCAGCACUGUGAUCCACCGCAGAGGCGUUUUCCAUUGGAGAAGGGAGCUUCCCCACCGUGGUGGCCCACUGGAAACGAAGAAUGGUGGCCUGAAUUGGGAUUACCCAAGGACCAGGGGCCUCCCCCUUAUAAGAAGCCCCAUGAUCUGAAAAAGGCUUGGAAAGUCAGUGUUCUCACUGCUGUGAUUAAGCACAUGUCUCCCGACAUUGCCAAAAUUCGCAAGCUUGUUCGUCAGUCUAAAUGUUUGCAAGACAAAAUGACUGCCAAGGAGAGUGCUACAUGGCUGGCCAUUGUAAACCAGGAAGAAGCACUGGCCAGGAAAUUGUAUCCCGAUAAAUGCCCACCUGUGGCGAUUUGCGGGAGUGGAUCUCUUUUAAUCAGUGACACUAGUGAUUACGAUGUUGAAGGAAUAGAAGAUGAACCCCAUGUCGAAGCAGAGGAAAACAAACCGCACGAUCUCAGUUUCUUUAAUAUGGGGGCUUCUGGAGCUAGAGAGAGGCUUAUGAUGCCACCAUUGGGACCUCAGAUUAAGGAAGAAUUCAUGGAGAACAAUUCAGACUUUAUUCAAAAGAGAAAGCAGUUGACUGAUGAGUCGAAUACAAUGAUGAAUCAGAAGAUAUAUACUUGCGAGUAUUCUCAAUGCCCUUAUAACAGUCAGCGCCUCGGGUUUCUCGACAGGACUUCAAGAAACAACCACCAGUUGAAUUGCCCAUUUAGGAGUGAUUCUUCCCACAUAUUUGGCAUGCCGAGCUUUCAAACCAACGAUGACAAAUCAUCUCCAGUUCCUCCAUCCUUCAACCACUCUAAGCCACCUUCUCGGCCAAUGAACCAGAAUCAUCCACCCUUCAGAGUUUCAGGACUUGGACUUCCGGAAGAUGGCCAGAAAAUGAUUUCUGACCUUCUGAGCUUCUACGAUUCUAACCUUCAACAUGACAAAGCUUUGAAUUCUGGUAACGUUGUCGAAGCUAGAGAGGAUCAUCACAACACACAGCUGCAGAAAUUCCAACUUCAAGUCGAUGAUAACUUGUAUUGCCAAGGAGCAGCAAUGGUAGGAACUAGCAUGCCAAUCCAGCAGCACCCUGAUUUUUCUUCAACAAAAGUCCCAUUUGAGGAGUACAAGGCAUUCGAUUCUCCAUUCGGCAUGUAUCCCAACGAUAACAUCGCAGACUUCAGAUUCGGUUCUCCAUUUAACUUGGCAUCCAUUGAUUAUGCAGUCGACCCGCCAUUGCCCAAGCAAGAUACACCCUUGUGGUAUCUCUGAAGCAAAAAAUGAGACAACUCGCAUUGAUGGCUCCGAUGAUCGGAAGUAAAUAUAUUUUCAGAGGGAGGAGGAAGGCCAUCUUCAUGCCCUAAAGAAGGUGAAAUCUUCUUCCUGUCUAUAUGCUAGUUGCUUACUAUAUAAUUUAUAUAUAUGUGUUGUGUAUUUAGAUGUUCUGCAGCUACAUACAUUAAAGACGUUUUUACAUAGUAGGUUAAAAAAAACAAGGUCACUGAUUGAGGAAUCUUAAGCUCUCAAUUAAUAGUGUAUUUCUGGGUAACUUUUAGUAAUGAAUGAAAAUAGCUGUUGCUUUUAGAA